AUGAAAUUUAUUUUUGCUCGCUCUCAUUCACACACAUCGUGUUCUCAUCACCUUUCAUCCUUCACUUAUAAUAUUCAUUUUUUAAUAAUAUAAAUAGUGCUAACAAAGUGUGUGUUGACAUAUUAACAAUAACUGUAUUAAUUUCUGUGUUUGAUAUUAAUUUUUUAUAAAUCAUAAUAAUGAAGAUCUGGACAAUUGAACAUACUUUCAAUCACCCAUGGGAAACAGUUGUAGCAGCAGCGUUAAAAAAAUACCCGAAUCCUUUGAAUGAAGCUGUUCUCGGGACCGAUAUUAUUGAUAGGAAAAUCAUCAAUGGAACUCUAUAUACACACAGACUAGUUGUCAGUGAAUUUAAAUUUCCUAGAACUGCACAAGCGAUUCUUGGUCAAGUAAAAACUCAUUAUGCAAGUGAACGAAGUGAGGUUAAUCCUGCCACCCGGGAAAUGGUACUCAGAACGAGAAAUUUGUCUUUCAGUAACUACAUAGACGUCGGAGAAACGUUACGUUACAUGCCCCAUCCCCAAGAUAAAAAUAAAACUCUUCUGAAACAAGAGGCCAUCGUUACUGUACAGGGAGCGCCUCUUGCUUCAUACAUGGAGGAUCUUUUGACCAAAAGAAUUUCUUUCAAUGCUGGCAUGGGACGACAAGCUGUUGAAUGGGUGAUCAAGCUUGAUAUGGAAAUGAAAGACCUCGCUAACACUGCAGUUAAGUCUACUGAUGAAUUGCUGUCGCAAACACGUCGUCAGAUAGAUGACAUAACGAUUAAAACUAAACGUGGCAUGGAUGAUCUUCAGCACGCUGCCAAAAAAUCACUGGACGAAAUUCACACUCUUACGGCGCCACCGUCGCCGCAAUCUAUGCCUAAAUUAUAGCUAAGAUUACGAACUAGUUUUAAUUUAUUUAAUUGACGAUUCGAUUUUUCAUUUCAUGCUUUAUCUGCUAUAUUUAUUAUUUCUAUACGGUAUCAAGUGAUUGCUAAAUUCUUUAUAGAUUUUUAAAAGUAUGAAUAAUAUUAAUUU